AGUAGUACCACCAGCAGCAGCAUCGGUGUUGGUGGUGACAGAGCGGAGGAACACCAGGACGCAACCCGGUCCGCACCAGGCUCCAGAUCCGUCUGCGCACCGCACCAUGCCCGGAUCCCAGACGCCUCGGGACUCGUGUCGGAGCGGUUACACGGACCACGGGUCGGUCUAAAAACCCCAGGAUAAACGGAAUAUGUGCUUUUCCGCUGUGUGACUUGGAACAUUUCUCUCAUUUAUUGGUGCGUUUUUGAGCCGUAGUCUGGAUCUGGAUUAAAAAAAAAAAAAAAUUAAAAGAAAAAACCAAAACCUGUGCGCUCGGACACGUCGGACUGGAAUGCCAACAAGGUGAGACCCCCCAGAGGUUGUUUGGCGACAGAAGAUCUUUGUGCUACUCCACACUUGGCCUCAAACCCUGACCCUAUCACCAAACUGAGCUCCCUCAUCAGUGGAAAGUCUGGUACAUGACUGUAACACACCAUCUCCAAAAGUCAUCAGCCCCUCCUCAGCAUGGCUAGACGGAGGUUAGACCGCUGUGUUGUGGGCCACUUAUUCUACGGCCUGGUUCUGGUUUCAACUGGACUAUGCUUUGCGCAGAGCAACGAGUGUCCCCAGCUUUGUGUAUGUGAGAUCAGGCCCUGGUUCACCCCUCAGUCCACCUACCGAGAAGCCAUCACCGUGGACUGCAAUGACCUGCGCCUGACACGCAUCCCGGGGAACCUGUCCAGCGAUACUCAGGUUCUCCUCCUACAGAGCAACUACAUCGCCAGGACCAGCGAGGAACUGGAGCAGCUUUUCAACCUGACCGAGCUGGACCUGUCCCAGAACAACUUCAGUAGCAUCCGUGAUGUUGGUCUUACCAAUAUGUCCCAGCUCACCACCCUUCACCUGGAGGAGAACCAGAUCACUGUAAUGCCCGACUACUGUCUGCAGGACCUCAGCAACCUGCAGGAGCUCUACAUCAACCACAAUCAGAUCAAUACAAUCUCCGCCAAUGCCUUCUCUGGGCUCCAUAACCUGCUCAGGCUUCAUCUCAACUCCAACAAGCUCAACACCAUUAACAGUCAGUGGUUCGACUCUACACCCAAUCUAGAGAUUCUCAUGAUCGGGGAGAACCCAGUUGUUGGAAUAAUGGACUUUAACUUCAAGCCACUGGGAAAUCUUAGAAGCCUUGUUUUGGCUGGGAUGGAUCUAACAGACAUCCCAGGAAAUGCCUUUGUGGGGCUUGACAAUCUCGAGAGCCUUUCUUUCUAUGACAACAAGCUGGUCAGAGUUCCUCAGAGAGCCCUCCAGAAGCUACCAAACCUCAAGUUCUUGGACUUGAACAAAAACCCCGUGCACAAGAUUCAGGAAGGAGAUUUCAAGAAUAUGCUGAGAUUAAAAGAGCUGGGUAUAAACAACAUGGUGGAGCUGGUUUCUAUUGAUCGGUUUGCAUUGGACAACCUUCCUGAACUCACCAAACUGGAGGCUACAAACAAUCCAAAGUUCUCCUUCAUCAACCGUCAGGCCUUUCGUGAUGUUCCGGCCUUGGAGAGUCUAAUGCUCAACAAUAACGCCCUGAACUCCCUCUACCAGUCCACGGUAGAUGCUCUCCCAAACCUGCGUGAGAUCAGCAUCCACAGCAACCCCCUUCGCUGCGACUGCGUCAUCCAGUGGAUGGACUCCAACAAAACCACCGUUCGCUUCAUGGAGCCUUUUUCCAUGUUUUGUGCCAUGCCAGCAGAGCUCAGGGGGAUGCACGUCCGGGAGGUGCUACAAAAAGACUUGGUGAACCAGUGCUUGCCGAUGAUUUCACAUGAUACCUUCCCCAGCCACCUGAACCUGGACAUUGGCAUGACUGUAGACCUGGACUGCAGAGCUAUGUCUCAACCUGAACCUGAGAUCUACUGGGUGACACCGAUGGGGAACAGAGUGAUAGUGGAAAUGCUGUCUGAUAAGUACAGACUCAACAGUGAAGGCACAUUGAGGAUCUCCGACAUCCAAGUGGAAGACUCUGGCAGAUACACUUGUGUGGCUCGAAAUUCAGAAGGAGCCGACACUAGAGUAAUAGCCAUAAGGGUGAACGGCACUCUGUUGGACAGCACUCAGCUCAUGAAGAUCUACGUAAAACAGACUGAGUCGCACUCCAUCCUCGUUUCCUGGAAGGUGAACUCAAACGUAAUGACCUCUAACCUCAAGUGGUCGUCUGCCACUAUGAAAAUAGACAACCCACACAUUACGUACACUGCCCGGGUACCUGUGGACGUCCACGAGUACAACCUCACGCACCUUCAACCAGCUACCGAGUACGAGGUUUGCCUCACCGUCUCCAGCAUUCGCCAGCAAACGCAGAAGUCGUGUGUUAACGUGACGACGAAGCAGGCGACCUUCGCUGUGGAAAUAUCCGACCAGGGGACGAACACUGCUCUGGCAGCCGUCAUGGGGACGAUGUUUGCCAUCAUCAGCCUGGCUUCUCUUGGAGUAUACAUUGCUAAGAGGUGGAAGAGGAAAAACUACCAUCAUUCCUUGAAAAAGUACAUGCAGAAAACCUCGUCAAUACCGCUGAAUGAGUUGUACCCUCCACUUAUCAACUUGUGGGAGGCAGACAGUGAGAAGGAGAAGGAGGGUUCGUCAGAGACCAAACCCGGCCAGGUGGACACCACACGGAGCUAUUACAUGUGGUGAGAAGAUCCAGAAAAGACACGUUUCCUUCAGGAGCACAAAUAUACAUAUUUGCUUCUUUGUGUAAAAGUGAACUGAGUGAAUUCUCGCUCAAGUUGCUUCUUUGUUUUCUUCUCUUCUCUCAGACUUGCUCUUUGAAGCAAAUGUCGAAUCGACAUUUCGGAUUUUAGUUUAGCAAACUGCCUUUUUACCUCUCGUCCCAAUUUAACACUCAAUAUGGCAGCUUUGUUUAGCUUCCUGGACUUAGUAGUCACUGUGCUUUAUUUUUAGUACUUGUUUUGAUGAACACAGCAUGAGUAUUGUCACGGGUUCAGUGAGCGUGAGCAAAGCAGAAGCUGAAAUCCAACCUGUUUUUGACAUGUUUCUCUGGCAGAACUGUUAGAGACUGCAAUCUUUCUUUCUCUUGUAAAACAGUUUCACUGUUGACUGUUGUGCACUGAAAUAUAUAUACUAAUUUGUCUAUUGACUCAAAUAUAAGCUGACGAAGUACAUUUAGACUUGAUAUACCGUCUAUUGAAUAAUGUUAGCAAUUCCUUCUGUAAUGUUGUAUCAGCUAUGAUUUCAAUUACUUUUUUGUACAUUAAUUAACAGUAUGUUUGAUUUAGACUUUACGUUUGCAGAGCGACUACUGUAAACCAGCAAUAGAAAUAUGAAUGUUAAAAACUAGGUUAGUAGAUGUAAGGCUUUUUUAAUUUCAUAAAUAUUUCUUUUCUUAUUUUGCUAGAAUAUGUCUACAAUCACUGGUUUUGUUGUGGUUUACACACACAAACAUGUUGUUUAUUGAGGAGCAAAUUAAAUAAAAUCUUCUUUCCUCAUAUUUUUUAAA